UUUUACGGGCAGGAACUCCUGGAUAUUCCUCCAUUUUCACCAGGAGACUACCUGGAACAUGUGCACCAGGGAAGCUAAAACGAUCUGAAGACAGGAGUGAGAAACUACGGACAGAUCGGUGCCUCCACGCCUGCAGGAUGUUUGGGACCAGCAGGCCUUUCAGCUACGACCCCCCCGACUUCGGAGGCCCUCUGCCGCCAUAUGGCGUCUCCCGGGAGCUGCCCUCCUCACAGAGAUCUAGCAUGUCCAGGCCCAGCGGCAAGUCCAUCUACAUGCAGCGGAAGGAGUAUUCAGAGUCCAUGAACAGGCAACCCGAUAACUUCCAGUACAGAGUGGAGCACCUCUUCACCUGCGAGAUGGACGGGCGGGAGGUGCGGACUCUGGACGACUGCAUCACCCGGCUGAAGGUGCUGGACUCGAAGGGUCGGGUGUGGGGGCAGGAAAUGAUCCUGGAGGUGCGGAGCGGCAACCUGCAGCUGACCGACAUCGAGACCAAGGGAGAACUGGAGUCCCUGGCUCUGGGGAACAUCACCCAGGUUAAGGCCAUCCUGGACAGCUGUGUGUACAGCAACCUGCUGACGAUCACGGUGAGGGAGUGGAGAGGCCCGGAGAACAAAGUCUACAUGUUCCAGUGUGAGGAAGUCGGGCCAGAGAACGUCAGAGAUGACCUGGAGAAAGCCAUCCAACACAGAAGAGAGGAUGGAGGGGAUCCUUCUUGGAAAGAACCGAACAUCAGAGACAAUCCGGAAAACAUCAUUGGCCAACAUGUCCCGGGAAGUUUCCGGGAAUCCAGGCCUUCUCCUGAUGAGCGGCUGGACCAAUUUGGGCCCCCUCCCAAUUUCCCCCCGCCACAGUGGAACAACCCGGAAUAUGAUCAGAGGGGUUCCCCCCCUCCCCUGUACAUCCCCAGAGAGGAGCCCCGCUACCCCGCAGCCCCCGCCCCGGAGCCCCGCUACCCCCCGCCCCCGCCCUGGCAAGAGGAGCCUCCCAGACAGGAGCAGCCCCCUAAGCCCCAGUACACCAACACCCAGAGGAACGUGGAGAUCCUGAACCAUGUCCUGGAGGACGUAGAGCUCUUCGUGGCGAAAGUGCAAGCAGCACUGUCCGCACAAAACUCCAAGAAGAAGAAGAAGAAAAACAAGAACAGAGAUACUGCAAGUAUGCCACCUCCGAACGAAUUUCUUGAGUGCCUGCAGAAAAUCAAGUAUGGAUUAAAUCUUCUGGUGAAGCUGAAUGGUAUCCUCAAAAAUCCCAGUGCCGCGGAGUACGUCCACAUCAUCUUCCCCAUCCUGCAACUUUUGGUGCCGCAGUGCCCUCGUGACCUGCCGUCCUCGGUCGUGGUGCCCAUGCUGAUGGAGCAAACGCUGCAGUUCCUGAGUAAGGAGGUCACUCCGGAGGAGGACAAGCUCUGGAUCUCCCUUGGAGACGCAUGGAACAUCCCCAGAUCCAAGUGGCCAAAUGGGGACCAGCUCCCAGCCUACAUCCCGACCUUCUCCAACGGCUGGGAGCCCCCCCCUCCCAUCGUGGCACCUCCCGAAAACCAGCUGGUUCCAGGGAGGAGCAGCCAGCGCAGUGUCCUGGAGAGACCGGCCCAGAACAUACCUGAGCAGAAUUCCAGUCCUUGGAGUGCUCCUCCGACACGCUCCAGUGAGAUUCCCCAGAUGCGUGUAAUUUAUGACUUCAUGGCGAGGAACCACCAGGAGCUGAGCAUCAUGAAGGGAGAUGUAGUCCAGGUCCUGGAUCAGUCCCGGCAGUGGUGGAAGGUUCGUAACCACAGGGGAGAGGAGGGCCACGUCCCCCAGAACGUUCUGGAGCCCCUGGAUGAGCCGAGGGCCCCAGGGGGACACCAGGGCCGGCACUCCCCCCCGCUGCUCAACAAAAUGUCCCGGCCUGAGGAGGUGACGGCGUGGCUGGAGUACAAGGGCUUCUCCAAAAUCACGGUUCGGACGAUUGGCGCGCUGAACGGCACGCUUCUCCUGGGGAUGACGCGGGAUGAGCUGCGGGCUGUCUGCCCCGAGGAGGGGGGCAGGGUGUUCUUCCAGCUCCAGGCCGUCAAAUCUGCCAUGGCGCUGGCCAGCGAGAGUGGAUACAACCAGUAUAAUGGCCGUUAGACAUGAGAUGGGCGAGAGAGAGCAGUGAAGACAGAUGAUCUCCACCAGACCAGAAGGCAAAACUGACCAAAUGAAGGAAGAGAAUGGACACAACCAAACUGCACACUCCUCACCAAUCAGAAAGCAUCCCUGCUGCAUGUCAUGGCUUACCCAUCCCCCCACUUUGUAAUUACUUCCAUCUUAUUUAUGUAGACAAACAGGAAAAGAUUUGCAUUGCUUACCAGGAACUAACUUAAAGAAGCUGAGUAACGCUGUAGAAAAUGUGUUGAGUAUGAAGAGCUGAGAAUGACUGCCAAGAUAAAAUCAUCAUCUUCACUGUCAUCUGCACUAUAACCCAAAUGCGAUCAAUGCGCUUUUAGAUUCACAAACUCAUUUUUGCUGUGCACAAUUGGUCAUUGUUUUAAGUCAUGCAAUUUGGUCUUGCCAAAACGAGUCAGCAAAACAUUUAAACAAAGACUCAGAAACAGCACAGAAUGUUUCAUGUCACCAGGGGAGAGUUUUCAUGAAAUAGUUAUUCAGAUAUUUUACAUGAAACUUUUUUUUUUGUCUAAUCAGAUUUCAUCCCAUUAAAUCUUUUUACAGUUGUAAAUGAUCAUGUAGAUAUUUAAACUCAACAAUCAUGUUAAUAUUGCUUGGGAUUUCUUGCUUAGACAAGUUAUUUAAAAAAAUAAUAUAUUUCUGCCUUUCCUGUUCACCCUGAAAUGACUAAUCAGCCGUUUAUACAGAAAGCAAAUGUCACAUU